GGGAACUGCAGGCAGAGACGGUCUCGCACCCCAGCAAGCCGUCGCGCGCGCAAAAGCCAAAUGGUCCCAGCUUUAAUGAUGAAGUCGGCCGGUAGAUAGACCCUUGUCCGCUCUGAAUGUCUCCUUUCUAUUCAAACGACCGCAAUUUCAAAGUCGACGUCCCUGCUGUCAAAUCACCAUCAGGAGUAUUCCACGUGUGACCCUGGACAGUGAUUCCCCGUGGUAGUCGUCUCUCAGCAAUCCACCAUCUAUAAGACCCGACUUCGACUUUCAUCCGAGCGCAGCUGUUCUGUUGUUCAACCGAUCGACAAACGUUCGCUGCUGCUCGUCGCCUUUGUCUUACUGUUUCCUCGCUUUCGACUGCUCCAUCGCCUUCGACAAACUCGAUAACUGAACGAUGUCCGUUUACGAUGAUAACGCCCCGGUGCACUACAUCGGUGGUUUCAUUGCCCUUUCCUAUGUCAUCUCUGUUCUCGGCGCAUAUACGACACUAGAACUUCUUCGCCGUCGUACUUCGGGCCGUGGACUGUUCAACUGGUAUCUGCUGGUCGGAUCCGCUAUUUCCAUGGGUGGAAUCGCCAUCUGGUCCAUGCACUUCGUCGGUAACCGUGCGAUUAAGCUUUAUGAUGGUUCUACGAGCUACCAGAUUGCCUACUCCGUCGGGUACACCGUCUUCUCUUUCUUCUUGCCGGUGUUGGUGUUGUUGCUAGCAUACAUCAUUACGGGUACGGGAGAGUACGUAAGUAAGAUCCGAUUGGUGGUUGGUGGUACUUUUGCUGGUUCGGCUAUUUGUGGUAUGCACUACAUGGGUCAAGCUGGUAUCUCCAACUAUCACAUCUCGUACGACAUCGGCAACAUCAUCGGUUCGGUUAUUAUCGCCGUCGCCGCUACUAAUGUCGCCUUGUUCACUUUCUUCGUCUUGAGGAGCAAGUGGACCGAUUCUUGGUGGAAGUUGUUGGGUGUUGCUUUUGUUUUGGCUGGUGCCGUUUCUGGUAUGCACUGGACUGCUACCGUAGGUACUCACUAUCGCUUGAUUGAAGGACAGAAGCCUGACCAGCUUUCUCGCUCGGCUACUGUCAUUUUCGUCGGAGUCAUCUCCUGUGUCUCUUGUGUUGUUUUGCUCGGUCUUGCUUGGGAAGCGAACCGUCGUGCUCAGGCCCGUAAGGAUCGUGCUCAGCAGGUGGUGUUGGCUUCCGCUAUCUUUGAUCACGAAGGUCGUGUCAUGGUUACUACCGAUGGUAUGUUCCCUAACCGUGAAAUUACGGAUCAGUUCCACGAGAAGUCUUUGGAUGACAACUUCGAUACUUCUCACCCCGUGUUCCACUGGAUCUACCGUACAUCGUUCAACUGGAAGAGUAUCCGUGAUCUUCUUCCCGGCAUGAAGAAGCACAUUCGCCUUGUUCAGAAGGAUGACACUUUGGAUUACUCGAUUCUGUUCCGUGAGAUGUUCUGUUCCGCUGCUCAGAGUCUCGCAGACAGUUUGCACGAACCGCUUGAGGAGCUGGGUGCUUUGUACGAUUGCAUUGUUCAGACUGGUGUCAAGCGUUCCGGAAAAUCGGACAAAAAUGCUGAUUUGGAGUCUGGACUUGCUGCCCCUGUGUAUGGAAAGGGGCAAUUCUUGUUCGUCGUGAAGCAUGCGUCUCGUGCCCAGGUUACCAAGUUGCAGGCCAGCGGUUACCGUUUUGCUGAAGUGCAUAACGUCGCCGAUCUCUUGUCUCGUGCCAUGCAGAUUGACCAGCAAGAGGUCAUCAGGCAGAUUGAGAGUAUGCGUGACUACUUGAGUGCCGACAAGUCUUUCGCUCCGGGUGUUCAUGUUGGUAUCUUUGCUGUCCGUGCCAACUUGCACCGUGGUUUCAAGGUUUUGGUCAAGGAGGACGCUCGUCACAUGAUCCCCUCGUUCCAGCUUGGUGUAAUGAGCAUCACGCCGGAGUUCAAGCAGAUUCUGCAGAGCUACGGUGGUGAAACUGUGAGCAGUGUACUGAAACAGCUCCGUCAGCCGAGCAAGAUCAAGUUGGAUAUGGUUACUCAGCAACUUCGUUCUCAGUUCCAUGGAGCACUCGCUGCUUUGUGUCAAGAAAUCAACGAUGCGUCGAUCCAGGAAGCCACUCUCAUCUCCGAGGUCCUUCACGUGCCUUGCCACUUUAUUCAUCCUGGUCGUACGGCGUCUUUGAUUGUCUUUAAGGUUAUCAUCCCCGUGCACACUCGUACGGCUGGAUUCGUCCACGCUGGGCUUACGCUCAACCCGUUGGGUUUGUUCGCAACUCAGCAGCGCGUGUUCAUGGGUGAUGCUGCUGCCAGUGCUUUCGCCCGUGAGGCCCACAGAGAAUUCUCUACCAUUAUCGACCUUGUCCAGUCCAUGCCAAUGCCCAAGGACGAGAAGGAUCCGUAUGCGAAGAGGGUUGAUGAUGAGAGUGAUGCCUCUUCUGACAGUGAAACGAUCAAGGCCGCUGCCGCUAAUCCAUUCAGUGGUAUCAUGGUCUCGCAAUCCGUCUCUGUGUCUGUCGAGGAGAAGGGACAUACCCCGGUCGAGUUGGCCGUGCUAAACAGUUCUGGUGCCCACACUGGUGCGAACGAGGAGGAAGAUAGGUCAUGGGUUGAUGAGAUUCUUGCGAGCAUGCGCCGUUAGAUGCGCUGCUGAAUCUGGUAUAUCUUUUUGCUUUUUAUGUUUCUGGGCCUGGCGUAAAUGGGUUUGUCGGGGAACGGACGGCCGGGUUUGGGUCG